CAGGAGCAGCACAAGUGCCGGUCGGAUGCUGGGCAGGAGAAACAGGCGUUUGUUAUGUCCCUUCCAUUUCCAAAGAACCCCUGUCCAGCCCCACAGAUGUGAAGUGUGGACACAAGUCCUGUUGCACUUCCUGCUCUUAGUCCAGAGUCCAUCUUGAGCCCUUUGUCCCUAAGGAAACCAUUGUUGCUGUGACAAAUCCCCCACUGGUGCAGCUGGUGACAACUCCAGCAGUGACUGGAGCUGGUGCAGGACCAAGCCAAUGCACACGGCAGGAACGCCAGGCUCAAGGGCUGCAGUCCCUGCUGCUGCUCUCCAGUCUGCUGGUGAUCUGCACGGGAACCGCCAGCUUCACCAGCCUUUUCUUUAUCUGCUCUGCAGGAAGAUGAAGAUGCUGAAGGCAUCGACCCUGGUGCUGCUGCUUGGUCUCUUCUCUUUCGGUGAGUCUCUGCAGAUCUCCGACCUGAGGGCGGUCCUUUAGGAGGUACUCGGGGCUCCAUCCUGCCCUGUUCCGCUGUGAGCAGAGGAGCUCAGCCAAGAGCAGAAAGUCCCCACAGAGCUGUGCCAGUCCCUGCUCCAGCGGGACGGGUGUGGGUGAGGAAGGGCUGAGUUGCCUUCCCCAGGAGGGCUGAGCCAGUUCUCUUCAGCCCAGGGAGAGGCCGUGGCUGAGCUCUCCUGCCCCAGGGGCUGAGAAUCUUCUGCAGGACAAGGAGCACAGUCCAGGGCAGGGAACGUCCAUCUAUUGCAGAGCCCAUACGCCCUGACGGCCACUGUCAAAGGCAACAAGAGACAACUAUGGCACUUGGGAGAGACACAGAAAGGGGAGAAGAUAGCCUGAGGCAUAGCCCCGCCUUAGACCAAGUUCUAAGCUCUGGUGUGUGUCUGACAGGAGUUUACCAUGUGGGACGACUUGGCGUCUUAACAUGGAACACUGCAAAAGAGUUAGGAUACCUGAGCGAAACCCCGUCCCUGCCCGUGCAGCUCCGUAAGCUUCAGGAACAACUUUAUCAUCUGCGCUGGAGUGCAAAGGAUGUUGCUGAGCUGGCUCUACAAGAAGGAUUGAAGCAGGCAAAGGUCCCAGGCUUUGCCGGAUGGGCUGUUCAGGAGAUCAUCAAUCAAGCUUUGGAGAAGCUGGAGGAAAUCCACGUCCUGAUGCCGGAUUAUGCCCUCAAAUCGGCAGGGGCUGCCGUCAUUCUUUCCAGGACUUCUCCAUCCCUCCGGACUGACAAAGCAAAGGUGUUCCUGUAUUCCCUGUCGAUAAUGGAUUACAUGAGGACCCCUGAGCUGAUUCUGGAGCCGGACAAUCAUCCUGGCAACUGCUGGCCCUUUCCAGGAAGUCAAGGACACGUCUUCAUCAAGCUGUCCAUGCCAGUCAUUCCCAGAGCCGUCACCAUGGACCAUGUCUCAGAGACAGCGUUCCAUGGAGAAAGUAUCUCUGGAGCUCCCAAGGACUUUGCUGUCUAUGGCUUCAAGGAAGAACACGAGGAGCAGGGAACGUUCCUGGGACAGUUCACUUUCCUGGCGGCGCUGAAUCCCAGUCAGACCUUCCAGCUGAAGGUAUGGGGACAGAGAGGGAGGAGAACUGCAGGAGAGGAGGAGAAAUGCGGCUGGAUGGGGAGAGGCUUCCCCGCCAAAGGGUACAGGCAGCCCUGUCCUUGAGCGAGUGCCACGCUGCCUUUCUUCUGCUUCAGCUUCCUGGUGGCAGAUGCCUGGACUGCUGGUCUUCUCUUUCAUUUUGUGUUUAAACUUCAGUGCUUAGAAGCGCCACAGUUGAAGCUGGAAUCAGCUUGACUGUCUGGACCCCAAGUGCACACAAGCGGCCGCAUCCCGUAGGAUGCACGACUGCUGUUCUGCCAGUUAGAGACCAGAAAUACUGGGCUUCCUGAGGGUUCAGUUGGUGCUGGCAGUGAGUAGUGACAGGGAGGACGUUCUGUUUCCGUGGCUUUCUAGAGAAGGCAACGAGACAUUAUACUGACACCAGCCCUGGGUCUUCUGACUGUGGAAGCCUGUGCCCCAAAGCAGGCGAGAACUUUCCAGUGUAUUUGCUGAGGCAUCUGGUAGCUGCUUCUUCCUUGGCUGUUCUCGUGGCCCAAUGGGGUAGAGCAGGAUAAGAACGUCUUGACCACGACAGGUCAAAGCCCCCGCGGGGCAGCAGGAAGGAAGCUGCUGAUCGAGGCCGUUGGUGCGGCACUUCUGUCAGUGCUCACGUGCCAGAGAGGAAAAGGUGACUCAUUUCUUCUUGUCAUUGCAGAACGAGCUCCCUGGGGUCGUGAAUUACAUCAGGCUGCAAGUGCUGAGCAACUGGGGCCAGCCGGACUACACCUGCCUGUAUCGGUUCAGGGUGCAUGGUGAUCCGCCCAAAGAUGGGGGAGACAUGGCAGUUUCAUCUAUCAAUAAAUUCCAUUAGUUUUCACCCAGUCGAGUUCCAUUCUGCUUUGCCUGUGACACUGACUGGUCCUCCCUGAGCUCACUGGAGCUCCCCGUCCUUCUCUAAACCCACCAGCUUAUGGGAGACUUCAGGAGUCCACAGCAAGGUUUUCCUAAUUAAAAGAAACUGGAAAACUCUGUAACAAAUCUGCAGAAAGCCUGACAUCCACACACUUGUUGCCUACACAGGAACAUCAGCAAGGCCCUGCCUGGACACCAGAGAUUAAAUUAAUGGACAGGUUUCCUGUGGAGGAAGCAACUAAGGAUCGACUGAGUGGAACCAUCUGUUGUUAUCUGUUUUCGCAAGAGGCAGAUGCUGCUGCAGCUUCCAUCUUUCAGUUUGUUGCCGAUGAGAAAAUGGAAGUGUGUUUUUUUAUAAGAAGGAAACCUUAGUAGGAAAGUUGGUUCAUGGACUUUUUUGCCUCUCUGGGCAUCUAUGGACUUAAUAUCCCAGGAACCGUUACAGAGUGUUUAGCAAAGCAACCCCAGGACACUUAAGAGAUCCCAUACCCACACCAGUCUGUCUUUCCUUUUCACCCGAGCUCCCCAAGCCCCAAGGCAGGAGCAGGCAGGGCAGUCGUGCACUCGGGCCGCACCAGGGAGGAGAGAGCAGGACCAGCGCUUGGCACCCAGGGCUGGGAACAGCAAUUUGUGCUCUGAGCUGGGGCUUAGUCCAUGUGCAAGCCCAGCACGGGUCCAGAUACCAAACUGAGGGUGUCGGUUCACCCCCGGUGCCACACACACAGCACCUUCUUCCAUCGCCUCCUCUUGAGCUGUUUUGCAGCCCCUUCCAGCUCAGCCCAGCUCAGACACCUGCACUCUGGCUCAGGGCUGCCUGGGGCUGGUGACCGUCGGGGCAGCAGCAGGAACCGCUGUGACCCUGGUUGUGGGGCUCUCCCUGGGCUGAGCCUCGGGCCCAGGGCUGCUGAACUGGGCCAUGGUGGGGCCCAGGAGUGCUGAGGUCGACAGGUCCCCCCGGUGUGUCCGUGCUGGGAGACACCUGCUCCUGCAGCACCCCUGGUACUGAUCCCGAGCCUGGUCCAUCCUCACCCAGAA